GACGUUUUACUUUUGUAACCGGCCGCACAUCGUGAGCUCCGACAUCCAAGUCUGUUUGGUUUGAAGGAACUAUGAAAAAUUAACUCGAAGCUGGUUAAUAAAAUUGAGUCGUUCUAUUUUCUAACUGGAUAAAAUGGCUGUAAAAAUAAUGAACAAAACAGUCACCGAUUUAUCGCUGAGGGUUGCCCGAUGUUUCUUUGUUCCUACCAAGACAAUUCAUUGCAAUGCAUCACUUUUUCAAGAAAACCUGGAUACUUCAUUGAUAAACCCUACCAGGCCUCCUUUGCCCAUCAUAUCUUCAAGAAAAUUGGCCUUCCCUCCCAAAUUUAAGAUCCCACGUCAAGUAUGGGUCUCAAAUAUGGAUACAGUUGAAGAGGAAAAGCUAGGUUUAAUUGACCUGCAUCCUGAAGUGUUUGCUGAACGUCCCAGACUUGACAUCAUCCAUGAGAAUGUCAGGUGGCAACAACUAUAUCGUCAUGUGUCAUACGCCCAUACCAAAAUGUCUUAUGAAGUUAGAGGAGGUGGUAGAAAGCCUAGACCACAAAAAGGCAGUGGCAGAUCUCGUCACGGAUCCAUCCGUUCUCCAAUCUGGGUAGGUGGUGGGGUUGUUCACGGCCCCCGCUCCCCCAAACCCUACUUUUACAUGCUGGGUUUUAACGCUCGGCUCAAUGGUCUUCGAUCUACCCUCUCAGCCAAGCUCGCUCAAGACGAUUUACAUAUCGUAGAAUCAUUAGAUAUACCAACAGAUGACCCAAAAUAUUUGGAAGCGCUCGUUGAAGAACGUGGAUGGGGACCUUCCGUUUUGUUUGUGGAUGAUCAUGACAUCAUGCCAUUGAACAUAACUGCCGCAUCGGAUGCGUAUGGCCAUUACAACCUGAUGCCCGUUUAUGGUCUAAACGUCUUUAGCAUGCUGAAGCACACCACUUUAGUUAUGACACUUUCAGCCGUGGAACGGCUCGAAGAGCGAAUCUUGUUCCACCUGAAUCGUAACGAUGCAGCAGAGGCGACAGCGAAAUAUAAACUGAGUUCCGUCUAGUUCGCUUUCUAGUGUGUAGUCUUUGUUGGAAAGUAACUAUUAUUUUUUUUUCUUAAUCGUUUUCUAUCUCUAAUAAAGCGAUUUGAAAACUU